GAACAGUAGUGUGUUCGGUGGUGUCGAGAAAACACGUACAGAGGCAAGAUGGGCAGGAGAAAAAUAGACGAGUUGCUUAUUUCAGCUUUUGGUUGGGUUCCGGCGAGGGUGACCUUGGGGGUGCUGACGUUCUUCGGCUUCGUGAACCAGUUUAUGGUGCGCGUGAACUUGUCUGUGGCGAUAGUGGCGAUGGUGCACCAGAACAAGACGGUGGAAGAAGUUCAGGCGCAGUGCAUUCCGAGGUCUCAAGCGACGAAUACCAGUAGGACUUUCGUAGUCGGUACAACGGAGUACCAGGCGAAUGCACUCACCUCUAUGAAUAAUAAAGAACUUACACAGGACGAACCGGCAGACGAAGGCCUAGCUUGGGACGAGGUCACCCAGGGCAUUGUCCUCGCGAGCUACUACUACGGAUACACAAUCACGCAGAUCGUGGGCGGCCGAUUGGCGGAGCUGUACGGAACUCGACUUGUGUUCGGCGGGUGUAUCAUGGGCAGCGGAAUCAUCACCCUUUUCACGCCCAUAGCCGCCCGCGCCCACGUCGGUGCUGCUAUUGCCCUGAGGGUGUUGUUGGGGUUGACCGGGGGCGUGGCUUGGCCCUCGAUGCACGCCCUUCUGGCCAGGUGGAUCCCGCCCGCAGAACGCCCACGGUUCAUUGCCUUCGCGUAUUUCGCCACAACCUUGAGCGUGACCUUCACCCUCCCCCUGUGUGGCCUCAUCAUCGACGGGCGUGGGUGGGAGGCGGUCUUCUACACCACGGGCGUCCUGUCCCUCACCUGGUGUAUGUUCUGGUUCGCCCUCAUGCACGACACGCCCGCCAAGCACCCCAGAAUCAGCCGGGAGGAGCUGGAGCACAUCGAGGUGGCGGUGGCGGCGGGAGGGAGCUCCAAGAAGACGGGGGCGGCCAUCCCCUGGCGCCACAUAAGCACCAGCAUGCCUGUGUGGGCCAUCAUCGUGUGCGAUAUGGGCAAUACUUUUGGCCUCUCGAUCUACCUCACGCAGCUGCCCACCUACAUGAGGAAUGUGUUGGGAUUCUCCAUUAAGAAGAAUGGCUUGCUUUCUGGCCUCCCUUUCCUGUGUCGGUACGUGGGCGGCAUCAUCUCUAGCACGGGCGGCGAGUGGCUCAUGUCUCGUGGGUUCCUGUCCAUCGUCAACACGCGAAGAAUCUUCAGUGCUGUUGCCAUGUUGGGACCGACAGUCGUCUUAGUGGGCGUGGCCUAUUCCGGCUGCGACCCCGCCCUCACCGUCUCUCUCCUGUGCCUCAGCAUGUUCCUCAACGGCGCCAUAACGACCAGUCAGCUCGUUAACCACACUGACGUCGCACCCAACUUUUCGGGCACGUUGUUCGGCAUCAGCAACGACCUUCGCUUCGAUUGCGGGUCAUUCAUCUCACGCUGUGGCGGUGGCGGCCAUUAUGAGGAACCAGCCGGUUUGCUUGAGGAAGCACUCAGGGAAAUGAACCGGAGAGAACGAGCGAAAGGUUCUGAUUGCUUUCGAGUUUGA